AAGGAACCCAACCAAAAGUGAAGUUUUUCCUCGCUCGCCGUCAGUGUUUUUCGGGCUGCUGAUAUUUCGCGAGUUUGUGGCUGAUUUUGAUCGAAACGGGUCGCGAAAAGUGUGUGAAUCGCGAAAGGGUGCAUGCAAUUACCGUAAUCAAAUACCGGCGUUUGCUGGUUUGUGGUUUUGGGCCAGAAAAAAGUGAAUUUAAAAUCCCCCAGUAGUGGCAAUCCCCGCAGCGAAGUGAGAGAAAGGAAGAAAAAAAGGUUCGCAGAGCAGCUUUCGCAUUGAUUAUAGCAGGCGGGGCGGUUCACAGUUGUGUGCGUGAGUGAGCAAAUUUCCUGCGCAUGAAUACAUCAGUGUUGGUGUGAUUGGCUGAACACAAUCGCAGCAGACAUCGAAAGACACGCGAGCAGUGAUAUUAACCCUUGCGUGACAGUGGUGGUGAUAGUGCUUCGGUAAAUAAAACUUCAUUUGGUGCAGCUGUGGUGUUGUUGCUGGAAGUUAAUGGAAGAACACCCUCCUUUUGAGCUGCCGUCCAUGCCAAGGACAUAUUAAACAGAAACAAUGGUAUCACGAAGAAAAUCGCAUCGCGGUUCUGAAAGCGUCGUUCGUCAUCAGCAGAUAUAAAUCUUCAGCAACCAUACUCAUCCCGCGACCUUACCGUGAGGUUGGCUCUCUGUACCGACCUUCUUUCUGUCUACGUCUUCUCAGUCCGAUUACGAACUGUUUUUCUUCCACUGGCGGCUAUAGGUCGGUGAAGGAAGAAGAUAAAAAGAAACAAAUAUCACGUGGCGGUAAGGAUUCAGCUUGAUACCGUGAGCACAACAGCUGAGACGAUACCGCAGAGGAAUAGGCGUGAUAAGGCUUGUAUUAUCAUCAACUAUAGAUAUACAGCUUUGGCAUUGGUUGUCGAAUAGGAGCCAAUAUAGUCAUUAGUUUGUAAGCGAUUUAGCCCAAUAAGGUGUCAGAUCCGGUGGAGUGAGUUCUUACGCGAAGCCAAACACGUAGGUGCUGUAACAUUUGUAAUCUCCGAUGGCAGGAAGCAUCAAACAAGAGGAUGUUUGCUACGUCGUAGCUAAGUAUGAUUAUGCUGCCCAGGGUGCUCAAGAGCUAGAUCUAAGGAAAAACGAACGGUAUCUGCUGCUGGACGAUAGUAAGCACUGGUGGCGCGUCCAAAAUUCCCACAAUCAGUCAGGCUAUGUGCCGAGCAAUUAUGUUAAGAAGGAAAAGAAAUCGGUUUCACUCUUCGAUAGUUUUAAAAAGAAGGUGAAAAAGGGCUCCUCGGGCAGCAAAACAUUACCAAACUGUUCACCCUCACGGCAAGUUGAUAGUCCCACGAUGAGCCGGAGGUUACCGCCUGAUCCCUCGGAUGCUGUUGCUUCCACCCCAAUAGGAACUGCCAUAGUAAAGUAUAACUACCAAGCACAGCAGCAGGAUGAACUAUCGCUCAUCAAAGGUACACGGAUAUUAAUCCUAGAAAAGUCCAACGAUGGUUGGUGGCGUGGCCAAAGCGGCUCCGCUACCGGCUGGUUUCCCAGCAACUAUACGACAGAGGAAACCGAAGACGACACCGUACAUACGUAUGCGAUGGCGGAGAAUGUGCUAGAUAUUGUAGUCGCGUUAUACUCAUUCAACUCCAAUAACGACACAGAGCUGUCUUUCGAAAAGGGAGAUCGCCUGGAAAUCCUAGAGCGGCCAGCAGCAGAUCCUGAGUGGUAUAAAGCCCGCAACAACAACGGUCAGAUCGGGCUGGUACCCCGGAAUUAUCUGCAAGAACUGUCCGAGUACUUGGCGCAACCCUAUCGGGGUAACAACGGCAGCGGGCCGGACUCGCUAGAUCGACGGCCGAACGACCAACAGUCAAACAACAACAAUUCCAACUCCGCCAAUAGUAAUAAUAACAAUUCUCAGCAGCUGGAUCGGCCCCCGCUGACGGGCAAAAGCUGGUACUACGGUGCUAUAACUCGAAGUCAAUGUGAUACCGUACUGAACACGCACGGCCACGAUGGUGAUUAUCUAAUUCGAGAUAGUGAAACGAAUCUCGGCGAUUACUCUGUGUCGCUGAAAGCACCGGGACGCAACAAGCACUUCCGCGUGCACGUGGAAGGCAACAUGUACUGCAUCGGACAGCGAAAAUUCCACACACUAGAUCAACUAGUGGACCACUACCAAAGAGCACCUAUCUAUACCAACAAGCAGGGUGAGAAACUGUACUUGGUACGACCCUUACCGAAAGCAAACGGUACCUAAAGGACCCUGCGCAGUUUGUUGGUAGUCAGGUAAGUGUGCGUUUUUUAUGAUUAGUUUAUGAGAGACAAAAGGCGAAAAUCCAUACACAAAUAACGCUAAGUUGAACAGAAAGGGACGUAAAUUAAGACACGACAGUAAUUGUAACAUCCUUUGAAAUGAUAUUUCAUAAACAAUCUUAUAUUGAUAAUUAUUGUAAUUAUUUAUUUAUCAAAAUCCUUUAAAAAGAUAACACAUAAAAAAGCAGAAAAAGUCACGGUUAGAGGAUAAUCUGAUUACUAAUUAGUGUAAAGUAGAAAGAAGACAGAAAUUAAUAUACUCGAGGAGCAUAAUCAGAAUCUAGUGACAUGAAAAACGAAAUCGAAUGGAUGUGAGAAUUCUCGGCGAACGGUGUGAAACCACUAUCCUUAUAGUAUAUGCAUUUACGCAUCAUGCUACUCCCAAUUAAUCUCCAAACCGAAGAAAGCUAGUGUUAUCGCAGAAAAGAAAGGAAAAUCCAGUCACAAAUCAAGAAGAAGCCAGGGAACAUCGUAACUACAGAGAGUUUAUUUUAUUGUCACACGAUUCGAGUUAAAGUGUCUAGAAACGUCUCGGACUAUUGAACACCCAUAAUUUUCUUAGGCAUCAAUCAUCUUGCCUAAACGCAGUCGCAGUUCACUCGUUGGGUUAUCUUUUAAUAGAGCGCAGAUUAUACGAAGGUAAACGUGACAUCAGUAUACGGGGAAUAGUUUCUUACUAUGGGCAGCUCUAAUCCAAUUGCUUCAGAGUUUAAAUUAUCUACUGGAAAUUUUUCACUAGAUGUGUGUCCAUAUUUAAUACCAUCCAAACGGAUUUUUGUUUAUGAAAUUUCCAAUUUUUUACAUAAUCGAUAUAUUCUUUUGUGACAACAACGUUAAGAGAUUCUUUUUUUGUUUCGUGUGAAUGUAUAAAUACACUUUCCGAAGUUAUUCUGCUACUGGAAAUAAUUAAAAACAAGCAUAACGGUGCAGCUUCCAUAUAUAAAUAACUACUUACAUUAACUAGUACACAUGAAUGGAAUAUAUAGAAGCAUACACACGCAGAGUAACCCGAAAAUAUAUAUACCUAUGGAUAUAAAACACAGAGUAAAGUCAUUAUCCGGCCAGAGCAUUUGAUAAGCUUAAAUCCCAUCGUCAAUCUUUCAGCUGCAUUUUUGAGCUACUGUAUUUGUGCUGUAUCGUUCGAAUCCAAUAGUAGGCAAAUAAUAUUAGUCGAAAUUUGUUAUUUUUUAUUUAAAUUUUACUCUAUUUUUUCGCUUUCUUUACAAAUUUAAGUUUUACUUGAUUGCUCUAUGAUACCUAUAUGAACUCAGGCGUGUCUACCACCGAUUCAAAACAUCACAGUUGUUUUUAGAUUGAAUCCGUUUUUAUCGAUUCGUUUUCUAAAAUUUUCGAUCACUUUGUGUGUUUUAGUUUCCAUGUAAAAGUUGCGCUUGAUGGAUUAUUUUUAGUCCUGCAUACAAGAUAUUGCAAUCGUUGUCAUCGAUUGUAAUGAGGGUCAUAUUUUAACCACAAAAGAUUCCAAAGUAUGGUGCCAUCGAAAUAGAAAGCGUGAUUUUGAGCGAUUCAGUAAUUGUAUAUGCUUAGAUCUUAGUGUGUCUGUUCACUAAAUCAUGAACUAAAAAAUUGUCAAUGAUUGUUAUUUGCAUUCGUUAUUUAAGUAAGUUCUGUCAAGCAAAAGCGAAACACAAAUGAACAAUAAUGGCGAACUGGCGAAGAGUGAAUGACGAUCAAAACAUAACCAAUUCUAAUGUUCACUAUAUCUCAAAUCAAACCACGGUGUGUACAGCAUCAUGAUUCGGGGGAUAUGGAUAUGGCUUCAUGAUAUUUUUUUAACUCUGAUUGCGGAAGGCGCCGGUGCUGAUGAUGCAAUUCAACUUGUUUUAUACAGCUGUGUUUUAUAACUUAGUCCCCAACGGCAAAUAAAGCGCGAAAGAAGCGUAGCUUGUCGCAAGGGACUGCUUCUCUGAUUCAGUUUGCUGCUCACUUGUAUUAGGUUGCAGUAAACUUAUUUCCUUAUUUCGUGAUUUAUGCCUCUCUUUCAUUGUCUAUAACUAUCAAUUGAAAGCAAAUUUUGCAUAACUUUGUGGCUUUGGAGGACUUUUGUUUAAUCUUUACUGGUUUCCAGUCACAUAGUUUACCUUAUAAGGAAAACAUAUGAAAAAUGAAUCUGUGUCAAUAUAUUUUUUGAGACCAAUGGACCAUCAAAUACAUUUUUAUACAAAUACAAACUUUCGGUUCAAGUGCGAUUGCGGUGCGGUGAAGAAUAGUAGCCCCGAGAACCCGAGUAGAAGUUUAUCAGAGCCCAUUGUCAAACCCAACCACAUUCACAGUUCACUCGCCCUAACUAUACUGCCACUGACCGCAUGUUUGUAACAUUUGUAUUUUGGUUGAUUUUGUAAAUCGUUUGUCAAUCCUCCCCACAAACUCAAUCAUUUCCAGCUUACAACAGAUACGCAAGAUAGUAAAGCCUAUUUUACUAUUGUGGGUUUAGAUGCAGUAAAUUAAGCUAGCCUACUGAACGAUUCACAGGCUUUUUACAAAAUGAACAAAAAUGCGAGUGUUACAAAUAUGCAAUCAUGGGCAGUAUAGCUGAUCGCGGAAGUACAACAGUGCCCAGUCUACACUAUCAGCUAAGUAUGCAACCUUUAACUGGCAGUUGAUUGUCAUCGGCAGACGCGUGAAAGCGUGUGUAUUGGAACUUGUGAGGACCAGAACUAUGUUGGGUGCCCCUUUUCGGAACUCGCCAUUUCGUAGCCCAGAUAUUCGCAAUUUCAUUGUAUUAUCAUUUUUGACUUUGUUUUUUUUUUAUUGUUUCAUUUAUAGGUAAUAUUGUGAAUGUAUAUGUUGUAUAUGUUUUCCAAAAGUCUAGAAUAGAAUACUUAUCCGAAGUAUGUUUCAUUUGUUUUUCUCUGCAAUUUGUUUUUGGCGUAUCACGGAGCAGCCACUCGGAUUGUAAAUAUUCGGCAAUACUGAUUAACCUUCCAAAACUCGCAUCGUUGUAAAAAGUACAACAUCUUUCAAAAAGCACGCUUCUUGUUCACAGGAGCGACGGGACUGCGUGAGUGAUCCAGGACCAUGCGAGUCCCGGAAGGUUUAAAAUGGGGUUUAUUAAUUUAUGGAUUUUAUUUAACAGCAUCAUUUUUAGACUAUGAGCUUUAUCACUUGAUAAAGAGUAUUUCGAUAUCAAAAUUCACAAAUCUUAAUUUCAUUAUAACGAUAUUAAAUGAUGAAGCUUGUAAUCUUAACAGGCUAGAAGUCGAAUCACUCUCGGUGGCACGAAUAUGAAGUACGAUGAUGAGUACAUUUUAUGUAUUAAUACAACAAGUGAUAAAAAAUUUCCACGAGUUUCAAAACGAGGCGUUUGCCAUAGUUUGAAAUUUUUUUUUCUGAUUCUGUUUCUAAAGCAGUUGGGGUUAUCAGGUGGCAGGAAGUUCGUGUUCUUAAACCGCAGCGAAAGCGCAUUUUGCCAACUCUGCUCCAGAUAUAUGGUCGUCUUGAGUAGCCACUUAAUACUAAAAUUUUUGACAUUAAACAGAUUUAUAAUCUUACAUAAAAUUGUGUUUAUGAUUUAGGAGAACAGAGCAUGAAAAACAAUAAUGAUGAAAUUAUCGGCACUAACACAUUAAUCUAUCUAUUGAAACUGUGGAACGAAAUUAUUAGUAUAAUAAACCAUACUAACAACUAAACAACGUAAAUGGUAGUGGUAGUCGGAGAGAAGUGACUCGCUCGUAUGGAUGAGUAGAACAGAGCCGUAGCAACAUCAUAUAGCGUAGAAACUAAAAUGUGUGAAGUGAAUGUAACGUAUUGUACUACAUAGUAAAUCCACAUAAGAUUACAGGAAAACGAGCAAGAAAGUUUGUAAAAUUUUUCGUGGUCGAUUGCCUUCUUUUGUACACAGUGAAUCUAAUUCAAUUGGAACAAUUCAGAAGCAUUUGUAAUAGCAGAAGUAGAAGAGACUGUGAAUGCAGACGAGGACAAAAACGAGUCACAAUAAGGCUGAUUCCGGAAAACAAAUGUCAUCCUUACAAUAAAUAUUGAAUACAUUCUGCUCAUGACAUCAUCAAACCAUACAAUAGGUUCAGAAAAAUUGGAACGCCUUUGGGCUUCACUGGUCCUGGGCUUAGGGUUAGUCCAUUUUACUCAUAGUCCAUAACAAGGAAAAAAGGCAAGCGCUAUAUUGCGAUUUUUUAGCAGUGAGUACACUAAACUAAAAUUUGGUUGGUAUUUAAUGUUUCAAAUUAUCAAAGCCUUUUUCUUGUUCAAACUAAUAACCCUAUCAAAUCCAAUGGCUGGCUACAUCAGUGAUCAUUUUACUAUAACAUGUAUUAUGCAAAGAAUACUUUUGAUUAUUUACUUCUAGUAUGCUUCAUACAGUUUUCAAUACAAUAAGUAAACUGAUCUUAUGGUCAACUAUUACAUAAGAUGCCCUUUUAAUAUUUUGACAAGAAAUUAUAUUGAUUCUCCUAUGAUGGAUAUAUUUAUUUUGGGUUUUUGAAAAUAAAAUAAAACUUGGAUGGAUGUUAAGAAUAGGAUAGGAAACGCACAAUUGGUGUGAAACGACAACGCUUUAGAAAAUUAUCUUGUUGGAUGGCCAAUACCUAAUUAUUUUUAGUGGAAACUAGAUCUUCAGAUUUUCUUAAUUUUCCUUCGGUGUUAUGAAAAUCACACGAUUUUUUUGUCUAGCAUUAAACAAAAACUGCUUGAUUGAUUAUUUCGAGUUAAAUCAUGUGAUACAAUGGCGUUGUACCUUCGGCGUUCCAAUUAUCUCUAUUAUAUUAAAACUGAUCAUUGUACAUGUAAAACCUACAUUGUAAAGGCAACUAAUUUACAACUGUUCAUUGUAUGUGUAGGAGUACUAUUUUUUCUUAACAACGUCAAAUUUUCAUUCUAUAAUAGGUUAUAUUCGAGUUUCACCUUUUGAAGUUAUCUGAAACGCUUUACUUAAAAAAAAACAAUUAGUACGCUUACCUAAAUCACAUACGUUAUGCCAUCUUCGAGCUCGUUAUUUCAACGUAACAAACUAAUGAGAUUGUACGAGCAGAAUUAUACCUAUUCGAUUUAAUUUGUUCUUCUAAACACAAAUCUUGUCGCAUAAUUUCUAUCUCAAUCAGACUACUACUGCACUGUUUAAUGAAAAAACAAAUUUCCAUUCAUGACUAUUCUGCCCAUGAUCGCAUAUUUCUAACAUUUGCAUUUUGGUUGAUUUUGUGAAUCGUUUGUCAAUCCUCCCCACAUACUCAAUCAUUUCCAUCGUACCACAGAUAAUCAAGAUAGUAAAGCCUAUUUUACUGUUGUGGGAUUAGUUGCAGUAAAUUGGGCUUUCUGAACGAUUCACAGGCUUUCUACACAAUGAAUAGAAUGCGAGUAUUACAAAUAUGCGAUCAUGGGUAUUAUAUGUUCUCAUUCUUACUGUAAUUAUUUUAUGUUUGUAUGAGUUGCAUUAUAUUGUGCAUAUGUGCUGUGCAUAUAAAAAAACAAAGAACCUUUAUAGGGGAACGGUUCGGCACUUCAUCUCAUAGCUUCCAUUUCCAUCCCAUCAAAAACAAAGCAAUAAAAAGGAAUUUGAUUUGUUUUUUUAUUUUUGUGAUUUUUUCAGCAGUGAGCACGCAUGUUAGCAAAAAGAAGCGACAAGAUUGGUGCUGUAUUUCUUUGUUUUUCGAUGAGAUGAAUAUAUGUUCAGUGAUAUGGAAAACGGAACAGUUCCCUUAUUUAUAAAAAAAACAUUUAGGGGAUAGUGCACCAGUAGUUACGAUGUAAAUGUAAUUGCAUUAUUCGAUUUUUAGGUUUUCUGUACGCAACCUCGUCUCGAACAUAGUUUUCACAUAUUAGUAAACGAUAUGGUAUAACAAAACGUGAUUUUGCUCAGCAGUACAAUUCCCUCUAGAGGAAUUGUCUGUCCUUGGAUUGACUAUCGUGCAUCAGUAUUUCGUUAUGUUGCUAGUGCAUGAAAGUAUCGGACUUUGAACAAUAUUUUUUUUACUACACUGUAACUACUGGAACAUUUUAAUUCAACAUCUAUGAAAUCCAUUAAUUAUUUUUAUCUUCUUUUGUUAUCAUUUUGCCCAAUAUUACAUCGUUCAAACUUUAAUAACUUUGUAAAUCCAUUUUAUCAUGUGAAUAUCAUAUUUAAAGUAAAUUUUAAAUCAUACAAGAAUUCGGCAAAUCAAUUGAAUAGCCGUAAAAACAAACAGUAUAUUCAAAUGAAACAAAAAUUAGGAAAAUACAUCAAACUAUACCAAAUCGUAAUUAGCAUGUAAAAGUCGAAUAAUAAAAGCAGCAUCAGUAAUUAAAUGGAAUCAACAGUUCAUGAAAGGAAACCCAGCGUACAUGAAUGAAUAUAAACAUAAAAUACAUUUACAUACAAAAAAAAAUACAAAUCACCGACAAAAGCAUAGCGAGCAAACGAGAAAACAAAAAAAAAGAAGUUUUCAUCAGUGUGAGCCAAUAACCGAAAUAUGAUAUGCGUGGGGCUCCAAGAGGCAACAAAACGAAUCUAACUAAUAAUCACACAUUCGUUAAAGUGAUACUACGCAUCAGGAUUAGGUCUGAGCGGUACCGGGCCGUUUGUAUAGGGAAAUCGUUUGUGACUGGACCGGACAGGAAAGCGAAACCGAAGGUCGCAGAAGGUGAUUGUUUUGUAGGGAGGAAAUCGGAUCGAUUCGAAGAAAGUGAAACUUUUCCGUUUCGUUUUUUGUAGGCGGAUUUUUCUUUUGUGGCAUAUUUAACGAAGGAAUUAGUAGAUGCGAAAAUAGGAGCGUAUUGAAUGAAUUAAUGUGUUGAGAUACGCAGGAGGGGACGAACACAAGCGAGAUAGGGGGAGUGGUUGAGCUUCUAAUCAAGUAAUAAGACAAACAAAAUCAUAGACCUUUGACGGAUAAAGCGAUUUGUGAAUUAAACAAAUAUUAAAAGAAUAGCUUUUAUGCGUUUUUAUUGGA